UUUAAAUUAAAUUCAUACAUAUUUUAUAAAUUUGUCUGCAUUUAUAUUUUUCUAAUAUGUAUUUUUGCUUAUGUAGCCCAAAUAACGACGCGAAACACAACGGUUGAUAUAACAACUGAAGGAUUAACAACGAAAGACAAUACAUCUACCGUCGAUGGAACAACUGAAGAGUCCACAACGGAAAUAGAAACAACUGUAGAUUCUACAACGGAUUCAUUAACAACGGAGGAAAAGGCAAUGGUUGAUGCUACUACUAAACAAUCAACAACCGAAGAGAAGACAACUGUUCAUAUAACAACCGCUGAAUCAACAACGAAAGAGAAGACAACACCCUAUGAAACCACUGUGGAACAAACAACGACGCAGAGCACAACGGUUGAUAUAACAACUGAAGGAUUAACAACGAAAAACACAACAUCUACAGUCGAUGCAACAACUGAAGAAUCCACAACUGAAAUAGAAACAACUGUAGAUUCUACAACGGAUUCAUUAACAACGGAGGAAAAGACA